UUUCAGAUAGUUAAUAUGAUUGCAAAUGAAACAACAGAAUCAAAUUAUUCAGUGUUUUCUUACAAAGUAGAAUUCAACCUUGGUGAACAUCCUGGAGUAUUCUUCACCCUAGUCCUUCUUCUUCUCCUUGGAAACUUUCUAUCUUGGGUUCUCCAUGCCUGCAAAAACAGUCUACCAGAGCACAGACUAAACAUCAAUGUGUUCCUGAACAUUAGAGUUGUGAAAAUCCUAACUGCUUCCAUCAUCAUCCUGUGUAUCCUAAACAUGUGGAGGAGUGUGGUUUUCCCUCUACCUCUUCUCCUCUGCAAAGUUGUCAGAUACACAAUCAUCAUCUGUGUCUUCAUGACAUUCCAUUUGUUCCUUUCCAUUUCUACUUUUAGACUGUUGCUGAUAUAUAAGAAUGAUUGGAUCAUGUCCUUUGAUCAAGAGAAGAUGGAACAACGAUGUGUGUUCAUAUCUGGAAUUCUUGAAACAGUGCUUUUUCUGCCUUUCCUCUGGGUCGACAUAAACAGAGGCACAGUUCACCUCAUUGAGUCAUAUCCCAGCAACUGUGCUCCAACAAAAGAAAUUGAUUAUGUUGUCUACAUGAACAUUUUUCUUACAGUCAUUUACUUCUUAGUUUUUCUCAUCAGCCAAUUCAUUGUAAGAUACAAUUUCCGUGAAGAAGAUCAGGAUUGGUGCCUUAACUUCCAUAUAACCACUGUGACAGUUGGGUUUGUUGGCUUGACGUCCUUUUUAUUUGUCCUCCUUGUGGUUAACUUCUUUUCUCUUUUGGAUUCCUUCUUUGGAACUGAAAUUGUACAGUAUCAAAUCAUCAUUUUCUAUAUUGUCUUAUUGGUGAUGUACACAUUAAAGGAGCAUGAGUUUACAUUUCCUCUUCUACAGCACCUCAUCUUGUGUAAGAGAAACAAUGCUGUGAUACCGUUUCACUCAAAACUUUUGGUAUCUCUACCAAUGCAGCAACUUGAUCCUGCAAACUUGGAACGACUAGAAGAGCUGCCCCCUGGUGUAAGAAGAGUGGCUGAAUAUGUAGAUGAUGGAGGAAUUUUUGUUGGUUAGUCGUCACUGUAUUAAAGUACAGCAGCAAUGAUCUCAAAAUUACCUCAUACAGCAUGUUUGGGAAUCCGUAACUAAAUAUUGGGAUUAUAAAAAUCCAGAUAAUAAGAGAGCGUGUAGUGUUGAAUGUGCAUUAGAAUGCACAUCACAGAUAACCUCUCUAACAUGUGAUAUGGGUUUCUAAUGACUUAAUUAAUGUUUGGUGAGAAAAAUGAGAAAACAUAAUCUUUAAAGCACUAUCAACAACAUUAAAGACAGAAAGAUUCCAAAAAUCUAGCUAAAUACGUGUAAUUUUGUGAAUAAUAAAUUUGGGAAAAACACAUUUUUGAGUUAUAGUUCUCGGCAGGGGACAAGAGCAGAUUAGGUUUGCCCCCCCCCUUACCCCCUUCUCUACUCCCUAUGGAUGUAACAUAAAACAUCUGUGUACAGUGGGGAAUCUACUUUAUAUCUGUCAGUGAAGGAAUCUACGAACUUUCAAGAUGGCUAUCACAAAGGCUGAUUUUAGUAAACUCAAGGAUGAACUCAGAAUUACCAUUAUAGAAGAAAUCAAAGAUGCCAUGAGGGAGUUUAAAAACCACAUAUUGGGAGAAAUUUGUCAGAUGCAAAAAUCCAUUAAAGAUCUAGAUGCUUCUGAUAAAGGAAACAAGGAUGACAUUAUCACUCUUGGAUCGAAUUCAAGCUCUCAAAACACUGAACACCUAGAAGGAUGAAAAAUCAAAGAAUUAAUAGAUGAGAUGAACAAUAUGCAACAACAUCAGAGGAACUUCAGUAUCCGUAUCAAGGGGUUGCAUGUACCAAAGGAAUACCAAAAUGAAGCAUUCCUGAAAUAUGUGUAUACCCAACUAAUCCAACCAACUUUAGAAUUUGUCAAGCUGAAAAGAGAACUAAGCCUAGUACCAGAGUAUGUUAAAUAUAUCGAACAUGGGAAUUUCUUUUCAUCAUGUUCAUCUCCAGCUGGUUCAAGACGUAGUCAAACAGGUCCACCAGUCAUUAUCCUACGUUUUCUAUAAAGACCCAUUUGACCCAAGGUUAUAAAGUUCAAAUACCCUGCUUUAAGUCCUCUGGAUGCUGCUAAGCACAAGUGGUUUAUUACAAAAGAUUACCAUCUGUCCAAUGAAAAAAAUCAACCAGAGAGGAACUAUCCAAAUUAUGGUGACGUCACUAGAAGGAAUUCUGAAUUGGUGCAAAAAGUCUGGACAAUACUCAACAGAAAGAUCAUGUCUGCUAGUGAUCCAGAAAGCAAGAACACAAAAAUCAUGAACUCUCUAUUUCAGAAAUAUUAAAUCUUAAUUCUAUCAAAUCAAUACUGGUAAAUGUUUUACUGAAAUUAAGUUCUUAUAUUGAAAUCUUUGCACUAAUCCUAAGCAUUGCCCUUUUUUUGCGUUUUGAUAAAUAUGUAAACUUAAGAUAUUCUGUACUUUUUUCAAUUUCUCUCCUGAUUUCUUUCCAACCCAAAGAUUAAUUGUCUAUUUUUUCUAAUGAAACCCAUUCCUAUUUGAGCAUGUUUAUCAAUAUGCCAGAUAGUGUUUCCCAUUGCUUACACUAUUCCUUUCUCUUCCUUUUCUAUCUUCUCUCAACCCUUUUUGGUGGAUUAAAUGCAUAUUUUGACAAAUAUAUUACAACUUUAUUAUUUCUAAAUUGAA